AUGCCGCCACUCCCAUUAAUUUGCUUAUAUAAAGUGAUCGAAUAUUAUGGCAAAAAUAUCCAAUUUGUUUCUAAACGGGUGGCUAAGUUAUAUUCACACCUCCCACCAGGAGAGACUUAUACCGUCAGAUUUAAAAGUGAUAUGAACGAAAUACCUCCCGUCAGACAACUUGUGGUCGACGGGCUUUGUAUGGGGGGUGUCGCAGAACAAAUUGAAAACAUCCCGACAUUGCGGUGCCUUAGAAUACUCAGGGGUGGUGCCACAAACGAGCCACUGGAACCGUUUAACUUGGGAAAGGUCACGAUGUUGAAAAUUGAGGAACACAACGAGAGGUACCUUUCUUCGAUUAUAACAAUGAAAAAAGGUAUUGUGUUAUUAGACUAUGCAACAGAUAUAAUCCAACACAAAAAUGCUGUCCAAAUCUACAUAAAAGAAGAAAGUCGUUUAUACAAAAAAUGGAACGAGACAGUGGGGAGCCUUUAUAAGGAAAACGAACUCAUUUUGUCCUCAUUGGAGUGGUACAUCACCCCCGCCGUCGAUCCAAAAAUGCUCAUUGAUUAUUACCCUGCAAAGGUAUCCAUCGAGUAUUCAAAGCAGUUUGUCCCAGUCCUUCAAACCCUUCCAUUACUGGAAUUGACUAUAAUCGACAACGAGCAAUUUCUUUUCCAACACACCCCACUCCAAAUCGAGGAUCUGACAAUUACUGAUUUCCAACAAAUCGGAAAAGACUUGCUCAGACUCACCAAAACAACACAUCUCAACAUCACACCAGAACAAAACAAUUACCGUCUCAAAAGCGGACUCCACCCUUCCGUCUAUAUAAGUGCUCCAAAACUAAAGGAACUUGAACUUGUGUUCCCAACUAUCUCCGAUUUAACAAUGCUGAAUUCACUCACCACACUGUCGCUGAAAUCAUGUGUAGGAACACUAAAAUGCCCACAAAAUUUAAAAUCGCUCAUUAUCAAAAAAUGUCAAUUCGAUUCCAUUCAACUCACAACACGGUUGGAAAUGUUAAAAAUGUCGGAGAUUGUCUCGAAAACGUUAGACUUCGAUCCCACAGAUGGUUUUCCAAUGUUGCGCGAAAUUGAAGCAUUGAAGGUGGACUGCUCUUCCUUAUUUUCCGAACCAACACGACUCACUGCCUUGACAAAAUUGAUAAUAUGUGAAACUAAUACAGGCGCUUUCCUCCCACCAAAUUUGAAGGAGGUAGACACAGACGAAGAGCUCGAGUUUGAUUCAUUCAAAUCAUUUAAUGAAUUAAAAGUGACGCUUUGUUGUGGCGAAAAUGUGUACGUUCCGUCAAUCCAUACUUUCAAUGGAUUUGGAUCAUUCACUGGUAACAUGUUUAUCAGCGCAGAAAAUGUGUCGUUAUCUGGCACUUUCGAAAAUAUUGUGAUCACAAGAUUUGUGAACACGCUUGUGUGCGACCAAUGUGAAAUCAACACAAUAAGCUUUCAGAGCACACUCGAGAAAAUAACAUUCACUGACGUCUAUAACAAAUUUGAAGAGCCUGUAACUCUCGAGAGCACAAAUUACUCACAAAUACUUCAAAUCGCAAGGGGAAAAAACGUAAACAACGAAUCACUAUCACACUCAAAUAAAUAA